UGCGGUCUCCGCCCCGCCCACCCGCCUCCUCCCUCCCUCCCGCUCUUUGUCUCCGGGGUGACCGGCAUCCCCACAAGCGCCCCCCGCGUUGCAUUAUUCCAGGCGACCCCCACGGACCUAGCCAUCGCGACGCUGCACAAAUCGGCCUGUGGCGCGAGGGUCCAAGAUCCGCGGGGCUUGGCGGGGGCGGGGCGGGAGGUGGCUGUGGCUCUCAGGCGCUCUCUCUCUCUCUCUCUCUCUCUCUCUCUCUCUCUCUCUCUCUCUCUCUCUCUCUCUCUCACACACACACACACACACACACGUACACGCACGCACACACGGAACAUCCUCCCGUCAGGUUUCCCGGUCCAGCCCCGCCCGCGUCUCCUGCUUCCCGCAGACCUUCUCCCUGCAUCCUUACACACCUCGCCCCUCCAUUCUUUCCUGCUGAACCCUCCCCUCCGAUUCCCCCACAACACUCUGGGAUGGAGCAACUCGAGCCAGCCCGAAGCCCCCCGCGGCCGGGGUGAAAGUCCUCCACCCCUCUCACACCCGGCACUCGCCUCGAGCACCAUGGGCCUGAGGGGUUCCCGAGGCGCUGGACGCUGAAAAUGACGGAUGCUGGAGGUGAGGGGCCGAGACUCCUAGGGUGGAAGGGGAAGCGGGGCCAGAGACUACCGGACUCAAGCUCUCUUGAGUCAUGGCUUCCUCAAAGCUCCGAGAACCUGUGGAUGAAGUUUUUGAUCUGGACUUGGCUGUACCAGAGACCACCAGACUGGACAGCAGCUUACACAAAGCCCGGGCCCAGCUGCUGGCCAAGGGCCGGAGACACCGGCCUUCCCGCUCCAGACUACGAGACAGUGCCAGCUCUGCUGAGGAUGGGGAAGGCUCCGAUGGGCCCGGAGGUGACCGACGGCUGCGGUAGCCCGCUGCACCGGCUGCGCUCGCCUCUGCACUCGGGCCCAGGCUCCCCCGCCAGCGGCUCUUUCUGCCUGGAGCCCCCUGGCUUGCGGCGCAGCCUGGAUGAGGACGAGCCACCGCCCUCGCCCCUCGCCCGUUACCGGCCCCUGCACAACGCUGCCUCGCAUGAAGGCCUGGCCGCCACCUCUGGCUCGCCUCCGCGCUCCGCACCCUCCUCGGACAGCUCCCCCAGCUUCGUGCGCCGCUAUGCCCGAGCAGAACCGCACAGUGAAGAUGACAGCCGGGAUACCAGCCCCCCUGAGCCUGCCAGCCCCACCAUCGGCUUGGAUAAGAGGACUCGCAGAAAAUUCCUGGACCUGGGGGUCACUCUCCGCCGAGCGUCCACUGGCAAGAGCCGGAAGGAGAAGGGUAGCAACCGCCUGUCCAUGGGCAGCAGGGAGUCCGUAGAAGGUUCUGGAAGGACAGGGAGCUCCCCGUUCCUGCCCUUUUCCUGGUUCACAGACAGCGGCAAAGGCUCUGCUUCUUCAGGGAGCACCACCUCCCCGACCUGCUCCCCCAAACAUGAGGGCUUCAGCCCCAAGAAGUCAGCUUCCCAGGAAUCCACCCUGAGUUAUGACUCCACACCUCCCAGCAGCAGCCCCAAGAUCCCCAGUGGUCCUCGGCAGGAGACCAAGUGCUCCUAUCCUUACCACACGUUGUCCCAGUCUUCAGAUGAGUUCCUGGACGAGUCCCUCCCUACUAUACAACACUGGACUAGCCAGCAGGUGGGCCAGUGGCUGUGCAGCCUCAACCUGGAACAGUACGCCGCUGAAUUUGCUGCCCGACAGGUGGAUGGGCCGCAGCUCCUGCAGCUGGAUGGGAGCAAACUGAAGAGCCUGGGGCUUAGCAACUCGCAUGACCGGGCACUGGUGAAGCGGAAGUUGAAGGAGCUGGCAGCAGCUGCUGAGAAGGAACGGAAGGCACAGGAGAAGACUGCACGGCAGCGGGAGAAGCUGCGGCGCCGAGAACAUGAGGCCAAGAAGAGCUAGGAAUGGCUGGCGGGGCUGGAACCCCGGCGCACUUGCAGCCACCUGCACGGGCCUCACCAGGGAAGUCGGGUCUAAGCACCAGGUUCUUGGGGCACAUGAUCCCUCUCACCCUGUUUGGACCCAGUCCUCUGGAGGGAGAUCCCAGGGAGAAGGCCCAGUAAUAAACCCAAUUUCGAGGACUUGUUUGGCACAGAGUUCCAGGGGGAAGCAGGCGGCAGAUGAAGAGGGCAAAGGCCAAGAAUGCAGCAAAUCUGGAGCCCAGAGGAACCUGGUUCAGGCAGAACCUCUUCCCUCUGGUUACAGUGAUAGUGAACAGGAAGUAAGCUGGCAGGAGAGGCCCUACCAUGACCAGGAUUCCUAGGCUUGGAGAGAAGCCUGGGCAUCCCGACAGGAGACAGGGCUGUGUGGUAGGAAAGCAGCUCUCCUCAGAGAGGCCAGUGGGCACUGCAGUAGUGGCACUCAGGGUAGAUUCUCAGACACCUCCUCAACGGAGAGAAGAGCGGGCAGUGGAGGGUAAGCUGGCCUCUGUAAGGACUGCAGAGGGGGACAAGGGGGCUCUUUCUCUUUCCCCUUCACUACCCUGUAGGUUCUAGUGGGCGGGACGCCGCCGCUCCUCUCCCACUGGUUCACAGAACUAGAAUCCACUUCUUCACAGAGUGAUCAUCAGCCUCCUCUGGGGACAGGAUAAAUGGAGGCUGUUCGGGACGCAGGACAUUCUCCCCACUAGUGCCUAGAUGGCACUGAACUGGUGACUUUCAUCACCCUAGCUGGGCAGGGGCACAAUCAGAGGGUGGCCUGGAAGCUGCUAGAUCAGAAGGGUCCAUCAGCUCCCAGGUUUCCUGGGUGUGUCAAGGCCUCAGUGGGCCUAGAACUGACAAACAUUGCUAGCUCAGGUUUGCUAGGCCACAGGGAGGACUGGGCCAGCCCUGGGUGGGUCUGGCACGUGUCCUUUGUAGGACACGUUCAGAGAUGGAGGGUCCCAGGUGCCAUGCUGACCCAGCCUCUCAGGUGCUGGUCAGUUACUACUGGGCCCAGGAGGUUUCUGAGGAGAAACCAGGACCUGCAUGCUAACUCCCUCUCUCCUGCCUGGGGAAGCAGUUGAAGGCCAGGGCCCUGUGCUUGGGCUUAGUCAUCUGCACUGGGAGAGGGGCCUCAGAGGGAAACUAAGGUAUAAGGGCGUUGGCAUCUCUCUAGACUGGGUGGGGAGGGUGGAAGCCCUACUGUCCCUAAAGCUGUCAGGAGCCAAGUGUGCCCCACCUGCAUGUGAAGGGGAAGAUGGUUCUCAACUUCUUUCAAUAAAU